UUAACUGUAUAUAAUUUUAUUUCAUCCUUUUAUCCGAUUUUUUCCAUUUCAUUGUGACCCAAACCAUUUGUAAGAAUGUAAGUGUUCGUCUCUUGUAGUGUCCCCUCUAUGUAUACCUUUAUAGGUAAAUAAAGAAAUUAUUUGGUUCCAGACCUAAGAUCUAAUCACUGACCACAUUACAGCGACCUCCAUCUUCGUCGCUACCAUCAUGUCUCUCACCAACCUCGUCAACAUCUAUACAGCACCAACACACUGACUGGUUCUAACACAUCGCUGUUCGUGAGGUUUCUUCACCAGGGUUAACAGCUAGCAUACAACCCACGCAGAUGUAUGUAGCUAUAUAGAUAAAUGUCUUAUCAACCACUUCCAUUUAUCAUUCAUUAUGUGUACGUACGCGUGGCCACGUUAAAAGUAUAUAAAGACACAGCCUUGUUCCAUGUAUUUCUUUACACCGUGUUCCCGUCAAAUGAUAUUACAGCCUUCUCAGUCGAGUCACAUUAGAUGGAAUACAACCUAUCCAUCUAUAAAUCUUCAUUACAAAAGUCUGUAAAGUUGACAAACGAGGAAGUGCUGAAUAAAAUACCAUGCAGGAUCUAUUUUUAAUCCGCUAGAUUUCGAAUUCAAAUCCCGUAGGGAUAUACAUUACUUUUUGUCUCUCUACGGUCAAUUAAAUAAUUACUAGUAACAUAUAAGUGACUAUCAAUUCAACUCCUUAUCUCUCUUGAUUUUAUUUUGCCUAAGAAACCCUUCCAUGAUGUUUGUUUAUAUUUGUGGUGAUGGUGGUGGUGAGAGUAAGGAAACAUUUGCAAACUUCUGUUUAGAGUUAUCUCCCUUCAUUAUUGCGGCUACCGACUCCAAAGAAAUAUUUUAUAUUUGUAAAUUACUUUGAAUAAAUGACUUCUGAGAAUGAUUUUUCCUUUGCUGAUAGAGUAACCAAAUGUGUAUUGGAUCACUAUGAAAAGUGCAUUUCGCGACGCGGUAAACCUCGAAUGGAAAGAGAAUGGACAUUAUUAGCAGCUGUCGUUAUGGUAAAACGAUCAGAUGGAGAAAUAAAUCUCAAAGCUGUUGCCUUAGGAACAGGAACCAAAUGUAUUGGGCAAUCCAAAAUAAGUAAAAAUGGUGAUGUCCUUAAUGACAGUCAUGCUGAAGUUAUAGCAAGGAGAGCAUUUCUUCGGUUCCUUUAUCACGAGAUAUCAUUGGUUUAUAAUGGUGAAGAGAGUGAAGUGUUUGUGUUGCCAGCUUCAAAAGCACACAAUCAAUGUCUGCUUAAAAAUAAUGUUGAAUUUCAAUUUUUCAUGAGCAGUACACCAUGUGGUGAUGCUUCCAUAUUCCCAAUGAUGCCUGAAGAUACGUUCUCUAGGAUUGGAGAGGUCUGUGUAAAUGUUCCAAGCCACACAAACUCUUUAGAGGAGGAUCAAAUCAAACAAACAGCUGAAGAACCAAUUGCUAAAAAAUUUAAAAUUGAUGAUGGCAUGUGUGAAAGCUCAUGUGAAAGACUUCAGUUUCCUGGAAAAGAUAAUGUGAAACAUUUGACAGAUUCAUCAUUUGCUUUGGCUGAAGACAUUUUUCGAACAGGUGCCAAGUGUGUGCCCUUUGGAAAACAAGAUACCUAUGAACCAGGAAUUAACUAUCAUUGCAUAAAUGCUCUCAGGAUUAAGCCAGGCCGAGGGGACCGUACACUUAGCAUGUCUUGCAGUGAUAAAAUUGCCAGAUGGAAUUUUCUGGGAUGUCAAGGUGCUUUGUUGAGCCACUUCCUUUUCGAACCAAUUUACUUCAAGUCUUUUAUUAUUGCAAAGUGUCCAUUCAGUAUUGAUGCUGCCCACAGAGCUCUUAUGGGAAGAUUUGAAACACAAGCUGAAUCACUUCAUUUACCUGAAAGUUAUCUCAUGAACAAACCAAAUAUUUUACAGUCCUCUCUCUCAUUUGCUGACAAUAAAAACAACUCCAAGACUGGUAAAUUGAAAGAAAAUGUUAUUCCAUGUAGUACAACAAUAAUUUGGUAUAAGAAUGGUGCAAAUGCAACUGAAGAAAUUGCAGUGAAUGGCAGAAAGCAAGGUGCAACAUUGAAAUCGAUAAAUAACUGCUCAGCCCAUUUAAGUAUUUCCUGCAAAGCUCUAUAUUCUGAGUUCAAGCGUGUUAAAGCAAUUGCAACUAAAGUUAACAAGUUACCACUCACUUUAAAGAGUCUUGAAGAUGAUUCAUCCAGCUGCCAAACCUAUUACUCACAUAAAAUAGCUGCCAUGAAAUACCAAGAUGUUUGGAACCAAUUGCUGAAGGGAACCUUAAAGACAUGGGUUAAAAAGCCAAAAGAAUUUAUGCAAUUCUUAUGAUAUUUAAUAAAAAAAUAUUUUUUUUAAUAAA